CCAGGCUCACAGAUGUCUCACGGACACACCAUGAUCAGGACACUACUGCUGGCAGCCUUGGUGGCUGGAGUUCUCAGCCAUGAGAUCUCCACUUACGAGCUCAAUCAGGGUAGGGUAGUUGGAGGACAGGAAGCGCAGGCCAACAGCUGGCCCUGGCAGGUCUCCCUGCAGUACCAGGCCUCGGGCUCCUGGUACCACACCUGCGGAGGCUCCCUGAUAUCCAACAGGUGGUUCCUGACAGCCGCCCACUGUGUGAGUAACUCCAACACCUACCGGGUCGUCCUGGGCCGGCACAGACUCUCCACCAAUGAGGCUGGCUCCGUGACUGUCUCCGUUUCCAAGUUUGUGGUGCACCCCAAAUGGAACAACAAUGCCGCAAAUGGGUACGACAUUGCCGUGGGCAAACUGUCUCAAGCUGUCACCCUCAGCAGCAAGAUCCAGGCGGCCAACCUGCCAGCUGCAGGCACCAUCCUGGCCAACAACAAAGCCUGCUACGUCACAGGCUGGGGCCGGCUGCAGACUAAUGGACCGACCCCUGACGCCCUGCAGCAAGGGCGGUUGCUGGUAGUGAGCUAUGCCACAUGCUCUAGCUCUAGCUGGUGGGGAAGUUACGUGAAUAACCAGAUGAUCUGCGCUGGGGGGGAUGGUGUGAUCUCCAGCUGCAGUGGAGACUCUGGAGGGCCACUGAACUGCCAGGGAAGUAGCGGCAAGUGGGAAGUGCAUGGCGUGGUCAGCUUCGGGUCCAGUCUGGGCUGCAACUACUACCGCAAGCCGUCCGUCUUCACCCGGGUCUCUGCCUUCAUAAGCUGGAUCAAUCAGGCAAUCGCAAGCAACUGAUCAAAGAAGACUCUGGGACUGGCAGACAGGGGGAGGUGACAGUAAAAAAAAUAAUAAUAAAGUGACAAUUCAGUGAA